AUGACGAUCAUGAAGGUUAUUGCUUGCUUCAUCGCCGUCCUCGGCACGACAUUGACCUCAGAGAGUAAUUUCUCUCCCGCCACCCCUGGCCUGCCUGUCCGCACCCUUAGCGAGACAAACCAGAGCGACUGGUGGUCAAAGAUGAGCGAUAUCAUUUCCAAACAGCUUGAGGAUGAAGAGGGUAAUGAUCCCCUUGUUCCUCCCAAGAUCACUACGACCACUGAAACUAGCGCCUCCCCGGCGCCUACCUCUCCUCCGGUAGAUGCCGUGGGCAGUGGACUUCGCGGAGGGUGUAGCACGUAA